AAAGCUCCGCUCCCAAACUUCACUCGACGGACUACCGCCGCUAUGGCCGCGGGGGUGGCGGCGUGGUUGCCGCUGGCUCGUGCGGCAGCCGUGGGCUGGAUGCCCCUGGCCGGCGAGCCCAUGCCGGCGGUCCCUUCAGAAGGACGGCACGGGAAAGACGAAGUCCUCGUUCUCAACGUGAGCGGCAGUCGAUUCCAGACCUGGCGGAACACUCUGGAGCGCUACCCGGACACCCUUCUGGGAAGCUCCGAGAAGGACUUCUUCUUUCUGCAGGACAGCAACGAGUUCUUCUUCGAUCGCGACCCGGACUUGUUCCGACACAUCCUCAACUUUUACCGGACCGGGAACCUGCACUUUCCGCGGCAGGAGUGCAUCGCCGCCUUCGACGAGGAGCUCACCUUUUUCGGCAUCGUCCCGGAAGUGAUCGGGGACUGCUGCUACGAGGACUACAAGGACCGGCGGCGAGAGAACCAGGAGCGCCUCCAGGACGACGAGGAGACCGAUCCGGCCAACGAGCCGGUCCCGGCCCGUUCGAACCUGCGGGAGUCCAUGUGGCGAGCCUUCGAGAACCCGCACACGUCAACCAUGGCGCUGGUAUUUUAUUAUGUCACCGGGUUCUUCAUUGCCGUGUCGGUCUUCGCCAACGUUCUAGAGACGGUCCCUUGUGGGAGGAGGUUUGAACAAGCGAAGACCACGUCGUGCGGGGAGCGCUACGCCCUAGCCUUCUUCUGCCUGGACACGGCGUGCGUGCUGAUCUUCACAGUGGAGUAUGUCCUUCGUCUGGCGGCGGCACCCAGCCGUUUCAAGUUCGUCAAAAGCGUCAUGUCGCUCAUCGACGUGGUAGCCAUCAUGCCCUACUACAUCGGACUGGUCAUGCCCGAGAACGAGGACGUGAGCGGCGCCUUCGUCACGCUCAGGGUCUUCCGCGUCUUCCGGAUCUUCAAGUUCUCGCGCCACUCGGCCGGUCUUCGCAUCCUGGGCUACACGCUGCAGAGUUGCGCCUCCGAGUUGGGUUUCCUGCUCUUUUCGCUCACCAUGGCCAUCAUCAUCUUUGCCACCGUUAUGUUCUAUGCCGAGAAGAGUUCCAAGGGCUCCGCCUUCACCUCCAUCCCCGCUGCCUUCUGGUACACCAUCGUCACCAUGACCACACUCGGCUACGGCGACAUGGUUCCAAAAACCAUCACGGGUAAGAUCGUGGGCUCCAUCUGUUCGCUGAGCGGCGUGCUGGUCAUCGCUUUGCCCGUGCCCGUCAUCGUGUCCAACUUCAGCCGCAUCUACCACCAGAGCCAGCGCGCUGAGAAGAGGCGGGCGCAGAAGAAAAGCCGUCUGGCUAGAAUUCAAGCGGGAAAGGACGACGGAGCGAGCGCUUACUUGCGCUACAAACUCCUGGCCGACGCAGAGGUGCCGGCGUCAAAGGAGGCGGCGCAGGCGCUAGCAUUCAAGGCCAACCCCAAUGGCAACAUGGUGGAGCACCAUCAUCACCUGCUGCACUGCCUGGAGAAGACAACGAACCUCCACUUUGUAGACCAAGCUUCCAUGGAAUGGAGCUGUCCAGAGGAGCCCUUGUUGAAGCGGGCCCAAACUCAUUCAUCCUCAACCUCCUGCAUCUCUUCCUUGCACCAUACUUUGAAUUUCUGCUGCACCAAAAAGUCCAGCUUGGACCAGCCCGAGUCCAACACCGGCACCACUGAAUCCGCGCAAGGACCCUUCAGUCGCGCCAGUUUGAACGCCAAAUUGGAAGACACGCUCCCCGCCGUCCGUGGCUCCGCGUCGUCCGUCCCGGUGAACCUUUGCCGGACCCCCGAGAGCGUUCGCAUUUUGGAACUCUGAACUGUUCCAGAAUCAGGUGAACCGCAACCAAGGAGCAAAAAUGUGCUUGCUUGUUUUUGCGUGCAUGCUAAUUAGCUGAGUACUUAAAGUGAAUGGCCGUUAAUGUAGGUAACUACAAUGUUGAUAAUCAAAACAUAGUUGAGGUGCUUUUUUACAUGUGGAGGUAGCUGCUAGCCUCUUUCAGGACAGCUACUUCUCAGGUUUAUAUAACCGGUUGAAGUUACAAUGGAGGCAUUUUAAAAGAUGUCUGAAAGUUUAUUUGCUUGAAGUGGGCUCAUCUGUUCUAAGCCAUUUCAUUGUUUAUUCCAACCUUCAUAUCCCGUUCCAAACCAAUUGUUAGAGAAUACUAGCAUGCACUAGUGGAACCAUGAUUUUCUCUUUGUCAAACAUCUUUAAUAUCAUGGAUACACUUGAUGAUGAUUCUUGUAUAUUUAUGGCAUGAACGAUGGUUAACAGUGUGUGCAGUGUUGAAGUACAUAAAUCCCAUUUUGAGAAAUAAACACACUCAUUUG